AAACCAGGUCGCGAUAGGUUCUCCAACCCAGAUCUGACCGUUCGUCUUCCUUAGCUACUCUUGAUCGAAUUUCCCUGCACACUCAGACUUGAAACAGAACACACACAGAGGUGCAUACAAAACUGAAACUGAAAAGCAGAAUAAAAACACAGCCCACGAUUUUUACGUGGUUUCCAGUAUUGGGAGAAUAAGAAUCCCAAUACUGACUACUCCACGGUCGGAGAAUCACUGUUGUGUGAUCUCCGACGAUUCACUAAAGAUAUAUCGAUGAAGUUCGAUGUAACUCUAUCUACCCAAGAACACUUUGAUCAAUCUCAACCCGAUUGAUCAAACUCUCUCUUCUCAAACCCCGAAUUGCUUCCCCAGCAACUCGUAACAGUGUUUCCCCAACACUAACCCUCAAAGCAAUUCUCCCCGAACCCUUUGAGAAACCCCUUUUCUAUCAACCUUGCUACUCUCACAAAAUCCCCUUUUGUCCUAGCUAGCUUUGUUGAUCUCUUGGAAAAGGUUACCAUUGCUAGUUCUUCAGGUCGCCUUUUAUAGGCAGGAAUAUGACCGUUAGUCAUUCAAAUUCCUUCCCUAUUUGUGAUGAUUUGAUUGAGAACACUGAUGUAUCCAAUCUUCAUGAUCUGAUUUCUUCUCUAAUUUUUCAGCCGUUAGAACCUUCCUUCUUUGUGUUGAUUUGCUAGGUGGCAAAUCUGCAUCUUUGACCUGUAGCUAGCCAUUGGGAAGUUCUUUCCUUUAUUGUUCUUGCUGAUUGCAGAAUCUCUCCUCCUUUAUGCUGUCUUUGAUUUUCUUUCCUUUACUUACAAGAUUGUAGCAUUUUCCUUCUUUGAUUGCAGCCAUUGAUAUGCUUGACUCAACACCAUCCACCCUACUCGUCCCUGCUUCGCUCUCAUGGAAUGAACCACUUCCUGCCAAACACAAAUAUUGUCAGUAAUGUGUCUUCCAGGCACGAAGCUUGUCUGCGUCUCGUCCACCAGAUUAUGCAUGAUAUGCUUAAUGCGCUCUGCCAGGCAUUUAGUUAUUAACUUGUAAGAGACAUUGCACAAGGUGAUUGGACGAAAUUGCUCGAUCAGAAGAGGCUUCUGAAUUUUCGAUAUCAGCACUAGGAUUGUGUCAUUUAUGGCUCGGAUCCUUGCUGGUUCAUGCCAGCAAUUCUGCGCAAACUGCACUAUCGCUGGACCUGCAAUUUUCCAACAUUUUUGAUAAAACAUCGGGGGGACGAGUUAUGGUGACAACCCCUUAAGGGGUUGUGGGUUUGACAACCCACUUUAUAGCCAUUAGAUGUAUUAUCUCUCUUGUCUCUCUCCUGUUAUUUUUAAAUUGAAGGUUGAGAUGAAAAGAAGGGUGUUUUUGGGAUGAAAAAAACUUACCACACCCAAUCAUUUUUCCUCCCAUAUAAAAUAAUAAAACCCUAAUCUAACUCAUGCCAACUUUACAGCCGUUCACCACCUCCUUCUUCCCUUCCUCCCUUUCUUCCGCGGACGUUGCCGUCGCCGCAUCUCCCUCUUCCUCUCCCAUGCCCACCGCCACCCCUGACCUCCGCCGCGCCGGCUGUCUUCACCGCCCUGCCGCGCCUGCUGUCCCCGCCAUCAUGAUCGAGAUCUACGCCGCCGCAUGGCUCCGCGACGUCCAGAUCGGCUCCGUCCGCGUUCUCAUCAGCAACGUCCAGAUCGACGUCCAGAUCGUCGCGCUCCAGAUCCGCCGCCCCUCCGGUCGACCGCAAGGGAUCCUCUACACCGAGCUCUCUGCCUCCGGCGUCGGCUUCGGCGUCAACGACCUCCUCGACGCCAAGGCCACCGCCGGGGGUGCGAAGAAUCUCGAGGAGAAGACCGCCAAUGCUAGUGGUACCAAUUCCUAUUGGUACGCUACCACUACUCACUGGUACGUACCAGUGGCUCCCCUAUCACUACUCACUGGUACCACUAUCAUCUGAUACCACUAUCAUCUGUUUGUUGUGUUAUUCUCUACUGGUACCGCUACCAGUGCUAGUGGUACGAUACAAUAUGGUAGUGGCAGCGCUGUACUCGUAGCGUACCACUAGUACUAGUACAUUUAUUAACGCACUGGUAUAUUAAUUACCAGUAGACUAAUGGAUUGGUACACUUUUUAACGCACUGGUACAUUAUUUCAGAUUGCCGGAGGGAGUCUGCCGGAGAGAAUUCGCCGGAGAAAAAGUUUGUCCGUCGAUGCAGAGUGGCCGCUGGAGAAAGGAAGAGAGAGAGAGAUAGAUAGAGAUAUUAAUGUAUAGGAUUUAAAUUUCAAAAAAAAUUGUAUUUAAUAUGGGUUUUUAAUUCCCAAUAUAAUUAAUACAAAAAGAUAAUUAAU